AUGCCAUUACGCCGUUCUCAUAAAAAGUCGCACCACGGCUGUCUCCAAUGCAAACAACGAAGAAUCAAAUGUGAUGAAGCACGACCGUAUUGCAGCCCCUGUGUUCGCAAACACCUUUCCUGCACAUUCCAAAGCCUCGCACCGCGACCUCAACCGGCCCCCAAACCAACCGGUAGCCCUUAUGCGCUCUCCCAUGCCGAUUCCGGUCUGCCUCUCUCGGAGCUGGAACUCCUACACCAGUGGCACGUAGCCACGGCACGAUCACUCGCUCACGAGGCACAUCUCGAAGAUGUCGUGCGCAUCACCGUGCCCCAAGAGGCGCUCGCCUAUCCUUUCCUCAUGCACAGCAUCCUCGCAGUCUCGGCGCUUCAUCUCAGUUUUACCAGCCCCACCGAGCGACGCCAAUCCUACAAAGAGGCCGCCAUCCGCCACAACAACCUCUCUCUCACCCUCUGCACCCCGCUGCUCAGCAACGUGACGCCCCAGAACUGCCACGCCCUGUUCGCAUUUUCCUGUCUCACCGCGGUAUUUGCCUUCGGCGUCCAAGGUCGUGAUGGGCUCCCUAGAGCCCAAGGACUGAUCGACGUGGUCGAAGUCUUCAAGAUGGUUCGCGGUGUCGCAUCGGUCGUGCAACAGGCGCGAGCAUGGAUCGAACAGGGCGGCAUGCGCCAACUCUUGAAAAUCGGCAAAUUACGCAAACGAGCCGCGGGGACGAUAUACGACCGAGAGCUGUGCUCGCAUCUACAGACUUUUAUCGAGGAUCAACUACAACCGCGAGAACCCUGUAUGCACGAGAACGUCGACAUCAGCGCCGUCCUCUUACAGGCGGCAAUGCGCCAACUUGAAAUGUUGAACGUUUACAUGACGUUGGAAGACGCCAACGCCAUCCUCGCAUGGCCGGUGCUUCUGGAUGCGCAGUACCUGGACCUUUUACUGCGGGUGGAGCCGACCGCAUUGAUUAUUCUAGCCUAUUAUGGCACAGCGCUGCAUUUGCUGUUUGACAAUUGGUGGUUAGACGGUUGGGAACAACGAUGGUCUCUGUUCGAGUCCAAACUAUGCCUAAACAUGUCAACUCCCGCCGCGACUUCUGUUGGAAGUCGAGCAUGGCGAGACUGCGACGAGGAUGUACAAAUUCUUGCCAGGAAAGCAGAGAGUCUUCGCGCGCCCUUAAAGGUGCUCAGAGACGGGAUAGAAGAAAGCCAGGGCAUGGGACAAGGGAUUGCUGCAGAUCUCGAGGACAAGAUAAUAAAUAUCAAUAGGUCCAUGCAGCGACUGAAGCAAACUGUCAAGAGGUACCAGUCAGACGGCCUCCUCCAGAGGGCUCUCGGGAAAAAUGAAAAGCCAAAUGGAAAGGGCUGCGUACGAAAAGACACUUUACGUGAAAUGGAACAAGGCUUGGAUGGUCUUCAGAAUGUCCUUCAAACGACGUUGUUGGUAUACUCUCGGCAGGAUACUAGGGAAUCUUUGAAAGUUCAGAAGGCAAUACUUGCAGAAAUGCGUGACAUGGGUUCCGUUCUGAAUGCAUCCUUGGCAAAGAGAAUGCCACCACCGAGUUUAUUACAGCUCUGGAAUGAGCGACUGAUCACGUCAGAAAUGAUGGAAUCUCCGACACUUUAUAUGAGCGUGCAUGAAGAACGGUUACCCUUAGAGGCCAAGAUAUGGAGUGGAUAUCUAGAGUUGUUGAAUUUGGUGCCCCUUUCAGCAUUUUUCGCCCACCCACCAUUCAAUGAGCGUUUCAAGAUGAAUCUACGGCCCAUUAUCUCCCAAGAUGAUGAUAUGUUUCAAAUUCCUAAAAUUGCUCAGAUCAUAAUUAAAGAAGCUGAAGAGGAACUACGAAUGGCGCUCAAGUCUGGUCUUGCUUCACCCAACGAUAAAUGGAUGUCAAAUGCUGCCACUCAAUUGUCUAUGGUGGUUGACGAGCUUGCAUCGAGAAGGAAGCAGCUAUGGCGAUUGGCACAAUCCUCUAUCCCACGAGAUCAACUCCCAGUUCUGGAUCAGGAUACAGUCCUUGAUGCAGCGUCCGUCGCAGUUUCUGUCAAAUUGGUUGACCGAGACAUGGAAGCCCCUCUGUCUCUCCUACUUCUUAUCGAUCCUCGGAGGUCGUCGGUCUACAAUCAAUUGCACCACGUAAUGUCUUUCCAGAUACUCUAUGAUGCUGGAUUUCGCGACAUUGAUGUAACAGAUGUGGCGGGGAGGACACCUCUGAUGAACACAAUUAUGGACCCAGGUAACUCAAUGGGGAUCAGGCGCUCAGCAUGGUUAAUCUCUAAGGAAGCUGAUGUAAACCGAAAUUUGCUAGGGUCACGAUCUACGAUCGACCAUUAUCUAAUCUUGGAUAUACUCUCUGCGGCCGUCUGGCAAAUAUCAAGGUCAACGGAUUCUGUAAUUACCGCGGACCAGGAAAACCGAAGGAUGAAACAGUACCUCGAGUGGGAAACAAGCGUGCUCAAGCAUGGCGCUAGUGUUUUUCUUAUUAAAACAAUCAGGGAUCACUACUUCUGCCCUUGCUCUCCCGCAGGAUGCUCUACAUUAUCUGUGGCUCUACGACACGUUAUGUUCCACUUGGCCCUGUGGCAAGAUUCAGCCGACUGGCUUCGAAAGUUCUUUAAAUUCCUCACCACAUGGGAAAUGGAAACAAUUGAAGCGAGCAAAACCAUCAUUCUGCCCUUGACAUUCAACACACUAGGCCUUGUACAUUCUUGCUGUAUUGAACUUGAUACUUCAACUUCUAUCUAUGCAAGCGAUGUAACUGCUCUCUCCGCACGCACAAUGGGAAGAGAAGAGGAAGAGCUCCACCACAUCAUCGAGGAGCAAGAGUUUUUCCUGGCCGAUUUCAAAAAUAUGGUCUCCGAGUUCGAGCAAAAACACCUACAGCUCAGUCUGCCUAUCAUGGAGUUCCUGGAGGGUUACUGGUAUACCCGCAUCUCGGAAUAUCUUUCGGAACGGGAUCUCUACGACGAGGAGCAUGUCUGCGAAGCGCAAGCGAUUGGUGUGGACCUUCAAGUGGAAGAUGCAUUCAUUCCAAAUAGGGUUUCUCUUUUGUUGCGCCUAAGGAUUGAGAAUAUUGAGAACAAAAAAAUUCGAGCCCAAUCAACAACCGUUAUAGAGCGGAUACUUGGCCGCAGACAUUUAAAUGGCGUUAGAAGUCGAAGGUCAAUUUGCUACAUGAGGGAAAGCCAAAAUUAA